AAUUGAAAUAAGCAAUAAGCAUUCUUAGUUCAUUAUCCUCAACAACAAAAACUACAUUCUUUGUUCAUUCGCAUCAACCAUGGCAAAAUCCUCAACAUUCUCCAUAACUCUUCUAAUUUCUUUGAACCUUACUUUCCUCUCUAUAAUAUCCCUUGCCACUGCCACUAAUUACUAUCAAAACCUAUCCCCAACAAUGUUGGGUUUUCAAGAAGAGAAAUUCACUCACCUUCACUUUUACUUUCACGACAUCGUGUCAGGACCAAAACCUAGCAUGGUAUUUGUAGCUGAGCCCAAUGGCAAGGUAAAAAAUGCGUUGCCAUUCGGGACCGUUGUGGCCAUGGAUGACCCAUUGACUGCUGGUCCUGAACGUGACUCGAAACUUGUGGGUAAGGCUCAAGGAAUUUACACUUCAAUAUCACAAGAGGAGAUGGGACUAAUGAUGGUGAUGACCAUGGCAUUCACUGAUGGAGAUUUCAAUGGAAGCACACUUAGCAUAUUGGGUAGAAAUAUGAUCAUGAGUGAACCUGUUAGAGAAAUGGCCAUUGUUGGUGGAACUGGGGCUUUUCGUUUUGUACGUGGGUAUGCUCAAGCUAAAUUUUAUUCCGUUGAUUACACUAAAGGAGAUGCCAUUGUGGAGUAUGAUGUAUUCGUAUUCCAUUAUUAGCUAGGUGUAUUACUACUAAACUAGAGUUUAUUUUUUGAUUUAUUAUUUAUUAAAUCAUUAUUGUGUUCAUGUUACACUCUCACCUAUAGUACGAAUAGGUGAAAUAAAACAAAUGUAUACCACAUUCAUUUUCAAAUUCAAUAGUUUUUUAGCAUUGUGUUGAGUGAUAAAUUUUAAUUUUAAUUUUGUAAGACAAGCAUGUUAAGACAGAUAAACAGACAACAAGUGUGUAAUGAUUUAAUUAUAUGACAAAAAUAUGACAAAAUAUGGCA